UCCUGCGCGUGCAAUAGCCAACACCCACAUCGGAGGACAUGGUCAACUUCUGAAGUUGCCGCUUGGAACGAAAAUGUUUUAUUUAUUAUGAGUUGGAGUUUAGGUGAUCCUACACAUAGAAAGGGUUUACAGCGAUAAAAUAGACCAAAAAAAAAAAAAAAAAAAAAAAAAAAAAAAACGAGCGAUGACGGGGACGAAAAUGUAUCCCGAUAUUUUCUACUUGUGUCAUUGUAUGAGUAUUCAGUUCCAAUAGCAUGGCGUACAAGGAGUCUUUCGGCCCAGGUAAAGUAUGCUUGCUUUAGAUUCAAUAUGAAUGCGAAUCCACAUCUGCGAACCAGACAUUGAUGGCUAGUGCAGAGUACAUGCCUCUCACAACAGAUUCUUGGUGUGCCCGAUCUGAGGAAUAGUAUCUCCUCUCUUGCGAAUUGUUGUGCUACUUCAACUGGAAAAUUGACAUGCGUUGUUUUUGUGUAUAACGUACAAGCACAAUGCAAAGAGGAUAGAUCUCCUCGAACCGCUGAGUGAGUUUGCGAUGCCUGAUUGGCCGAGAACAACUUAGUAAACUUGCUUAGUAAACUGGAUACCCAAGCCGGAUUUAGUACACAUGCGGCAGAUGACACAAGCUCACUCUAUAUGCUACCUCACAACAAGUGCCGAGCUCUAUUUCUUUUCCACGGUACAGUUGCUACAUCUUGGCUAUAUGCCGUCUUGGAAUAUCAAUAACAAAGAUUUCCCUACUUACUCUUCGUGCGAGCAUGCGUGCGCUUCACUAGACCGCGGGUCCAUCAUCCUGGAGAAUGCUGCACUUGAAAUCGUUGCCGCGGCUGCUUCACUUCAGCACUCCUGCAAAGAUGUCAUCGCCGUCGAAUCAAAAAUCACCAAGAAACGAUACCCACAAACUCUGGAUCACGGCGCCACCAUUUCGCCGUACUUCGUGGAGCGAACUACAGAAUCCCAUCAUACGGAAUCACGGAUCCGCGUCAAAGCAAUCGCUCCCCCAACAAAAUCUCCGCACUUCCCGGAACCUUUUUCACGAGCUGUUCCUCUCCGUGGCUUAAACUUUCAGCUACAGCCUCCAAUCUCUCCCUGUAAUCUCAUCCAAGAACGCAUAUGUAACUCUCUCUAUGCGCUCGUCAUCCAAUCAGUUCUCUGGAAUAAAACCCAUGGCUCUGUUGCCCGACCAAUCCUUUGGAAUUUUCUUGUUACCUACCCAACUAUUGAAUCUUUAGCUAUAACGCCUGUUGCUAAGAUCGAACACAUGAUCAGAAGAUUAGGCCUACAGAAAGAACGCUCCGCCCGUUUAGUGGAAAUGGCCAAUGUUUGGAUCGCCGCACCGCCUUGCCCUGAAAGGCGUUAUCAACGCCAUGACUACCCGAAUCAAGGCGAUGGGCGUGAUGUAAAAAAGGGUGUGGCGAUCGGUUUGCAUAGUCAGUACCAGGGCUGGGAGAUUGCUCACUUACCUGGGGUUGGCAAGUAUGCGCUCGAUUCAUUUCGCAUAUUUGGCCGCGACCGUCUGCGUGGACUCCAUGGAAUACCAGGGGUUGAGCCAGAAUGGAAGCGUGUUGUUCCGGAGGAUAAGGAACUUGGCCCCUUUGUGGAGUGGAUGUGGGCCCAGGAAGGAUGGGACUUCAAUGUUAAGACUGGCACCCGGGUGCGCGUGAAACGGCAGUUUAUUUCAUUUGACUCGUAG